AUGCCGGACGACAAUGUUUCGAGCCCUCCCUUACCGGCACCCAAAUCAAGACCAGUGAGCGAAGCUCUAUUGAAUGAGAAGUGGGAUCGUGCUGUUUCGUCCUUUGUCAUCAGAUCCGCACUCGGAUUUUCCUUCGGUGUCAUAUUCUCAGUACUGUUGUUCAAGCGAAGAGCGUGGCCAGUGUACUUUGGAACCGGCUUCGGCGCCGGAAGAGCUUGGGAAGAAGCUGAUGCAAACUUCAAGAGAGGCGACACAUACAACACCGACGGACUUCGAAAAGUACGGACCGAUAGGUAG